AUGAUGGAGAGGAGGAGGAUGGAUGCAGCAUUGCUGGUGCUGUUCUUGGGUCACCUCGCCGGCGCGCUGGAGGUGCCACUAGACCUGCCGCAGCCACCGACUAUAACUCACCAAUCCCACAAGGAUUACAUCAUCGACCCACGGGAGAACAUUAUAAUCCACUGUGAUGCGAAGGGGAAACCUCAUCCCAGUUUCUCCUGGACGAGAAAUGGGACCCACUAUGACAUAGAGCAGGACCCCAACGUGACUACGAAGCCCCACUCUGGGACUCUGGUGGUGGACAUCAGCAGAGUUAAGGCUGAAGAUUACGAAGGGACGUACCAGUGCACAGCAAGGAACAAACAUGGAGCCGCUGUUUCAAACAACAUCGUUGUACUACAGUCCAGGUCCCCUUUGUGGUCAAAGGAGAAGAUUCAGCCAAUCGUUGUUCAGGAAGGUGUGUCCUUAGUGCUGCCGUGUCGACCCCCAGCCGGCCUUCCUCCUCCAGUUAUUUUCUGGAUGGACAACAUCUUCCAGAGGCUUCCUCAGAGCAGCAGAGUGUCCCAGUCUCUGAGUGGAGACCUGUACUUCUCUAAUGUACUCCGAGAGGAUUCCAGGAAUGACUACAUCUGCUACGCCCGCUUCCCAUACACACAAACCAUCCAGCAGAAACAACCCAUCACCGUCAAGGUCCUCAACCUGGAUGCAAUCAAUGACACAAUGGCAGCUUUUUACAAUGACACUGAUUUAUUUAGUGAAGACCCAGUUGAUGAGAGGAGGCCAACCUUCCUCAUCCCAUAUGGCCCCUCCAGCUCCAAGAUGGUGUUGAGAGGACAGGUGCUGGAGAUGGAGUGUAUUGCCGAAGGACUGCCCACCCCUAAUAUAUCCUGGACCAAAGUGAGCGGCGAAUUCCCGGCCAAGCGCACAUCCUUCCUGUACUAUCAGAAGACCCUGCGUAUUGUGGAUGUGUCUGAAUCGGAUGCAGGAGAGUACCGCUGCAUGGCCAAGAAUCGUCUUGGCUCAGUUCACCACACCAUCCGUGUCACAGUCAAAGCCUCUCCAUAUUGGAUCAGUGGUGCUCCCAGAAACCUUGUCCUAGCUCCAGGAGAGAACGGUGUGCUGACCUGCAGGGCCAGUGGCACACCCAAGCCCUCCAUCACCUGGGCAAUGAAUGGCAUCUCCAUAGAGAAUUCCCCUAAGGACCUCAGCAGAAAGGUGGAGGAUGACACCAUCAUAUUCACAGAUGUACAGACUGGAUCUAGCGCUGUCUACCAGUGUAAUGUCUCCAAUGAGUACGGCUACCUCCUGUCCAACGCCUUUGUCAAUGUCCUCUCGGAGCCGCCCAGAGUGCUGACACCAUCUAACGUAGUCUACAAAGUCAUCAAAAAUCACCGGGUCCUGAUGGACUGCGCUUCCUUCGGGUCGCCCAUCCCUAAAAUAACAUGGUUCAAAGACAGUCGGUCCGGCACCCUGGAUGGAGAAAUGUACAACAUGCACGACAACGGGACUUUAGAGAUUAAUGUAGCACAGGCCCGAAACAGUGGCAAAUACACCUGCGUGGCCAGAAACAUCCUUGGCAUCUUUGAGAAUCACGUCUACCUGGAGGUCAAAGAACCAACCCGAAUCCUGAAGCAGCCAGAGUACAAAGUGAUUCAGAGGGGCAGGUCUGUGGUGUUUGAGUGUAAGGUGAAACACGACUCUUCCCUCGUCCCCACCAUGAACUGGCUCAAAGACGAUGGAGAGCUGCCUGAUGAUGAGAGAUUGAUUUUAGACUCUGAGAGCCUCACCAUCACUGAUGUGACAGAGAAUGAUGCAGGAGUGUACACAUGCAUCGUGAACACCACUCUGGACCAUGAUUCAGCCAGUGCUGAGCUCACUGUUAUCGAGGCCACACCAACACCAGCUGUUGUCUACGAGCGACCCGACCCCCCAACUGACCUAGAGCUGACAGACCAGAAAAAGAGGAGCGUUCAGCUCACUUGGACCCCUGGGGAUGAACAUAACAGUCCUAUUCAGAAAUUUCUGAUCCAGUAUGAAGACUCACUCCACCAUCGAGGUCACUGGCAUAAUCUUACUGAGGUCCCUGGAACCAAGACUACAGCUCACCUUAAACUGUCCCCCUACGUCCACUACAUCUUCAGAGUCUUGGCUCUCAAUUCUGUGGGUUUCAGCCGUCCCAGCUUCUCCUCCAGGACGUUUAAGACGGACCCUGCAGCUCCAGACGAGAAUCCGACAGGUGUACAGGGACAUGGAACCGAACAUAACAAUCUUGUAAUCUCAUGGAAGCCACUGUCAGGCCUCCAAUCUAACGGUCCAGGACUUCACUAUAAAGUGAUGUGGAGGCAGAAGUCGAUAGACAGUGAGUGGACGGCAGUGACUGUAGCCAACAACUCCAAGUUUGUGGUGUCUGGAACGCCCACGUUUGUUCCAUAUGAGCUAAAAGUUCAGGCUGUGAAUGACCAUGGCUCUGGACCUGAGCCUGCUAUUUCCCACGGCUACUCAGGAGAGGACUUACCAGUCGCAGCUCCAGAAAAUGUGCACGUCGUUGUACUGAACAGCACUCUGGUAGAGGUGCACUGGGAUGCUGUACCCCAUAAAUUGAUUCGGGGAUAUCUCAAAGGAUAUAAGGUGUACUACUGGAGAGAGCGCAGCCUGCACAAACAUAACCCCCAUCAUGUAGAGAAGCAGAUCCUGACAUUCAGUGGAAACCACACCCAUGGCAUGCUGCCUGGUUUACAUGCUUUUAGUCUCUACUCAUUCAACGUCAAGGUUUUUAACGGCAAGGGAGAGGGCCCUGCGAGCCCCACCCAGCAGUUUGAGACACCUGAAGGAGUGCCAGCAGCUCCUUCUUCCUUGGUCAUCACCAACCCCAAACUGGACUCUCUAACCCUCGAAUGGAGUCCUCCUCAUGACCGCAAUGGGCUCAUCACUGGCUACACCCUCAAAUAUCAGCCAGUCAAUAACUCCAAUGAGCUGGGCCCAGUGGAGGAGCUGGCCCUGCCUGCCAAUGAGACCUCAGUCACUUUGUUCAACCUCAAGUACAGCACACGCUACAAGUUUUAUUUGAAUGCGAAAACAGACAGGGGAGCAGGUCCAGCCAUUUCACAGGAAGCUGUCACCAUCAUGGACGAAGUGCCGGCUGUGAGUCCUUUUGGGAACGUUAACUCCUCGAUGGGAGAGGAAGGGGCCCUGAUCAGUUGGGAGUACUGGGGCCCGGAGAAAAACGUUUAUGUAGAAUACGUAGUAAAAAACAGUGAAGGUCAAGAGGAGUGGCAGAAAGAGCUCGUGAACGGCUCUCAGAACUAUAUGCUCAAGGGCUUAAAGGAGGGCCUCUCCUAUAGGGUGCGUUUGGUGGCCAAAGGUCACUCCGACCAGGCACCCCACCGCUCCAAGGAGGUAGUGGUGGAGGUCCCAGCUGUGGCGAGCAGACAGGUGGACAUCGCCACUCAGGGAUGGUUCAUCGGCCUCAUGUGUGCCAUCGCUCUCCUCAUCCUGAUCCUCCUCAUUAUCUGCUUCAUCCAGAGGAAUAAGGGAGGGAAAUACCCUGUAAAAGAGAAGGAGGACGCACACACAGACCCAGAGUUCCAGCCCAUGAAAGACGAUGACUGUACCUUUGGGGAAUACAGUGACAAUGAGGACCAUAAACCGUUAAAAGGGAGCAGCACGCCAUCUAAUGGGACAGUUAAGAGAGACGACAGUGACGACAGUUUAGUUGAAUACGGGGAAGGAGAAGACGGACAGUUCAACGAGGAUGGCUCGUUUAUCGGCCAAUAUAGCGGAAAGAGUGCCAGCAGGGACACUGCUGAGGGCCAAGAGAGCUCGGAGGCCCCAUCCCCUAUAAAUGCCAUGAACUCCUUGAACUCCUUUGUGUAG